UUCAAAGGCAAGGAGGAGGAGCUGUGACCUGAGUGUGAGGAAAGCGAAGGGGAAGUUAUAAACACUGUGGUUGGACUGACCUGUUCAUUUAUUUUCAUUUGCUUUUUUGUUUGUUGCUCGUAAUUUUCAUCAUGAUAAAAAUCUACAUUUAUUCUUGUCUUCUUUCAGCUCUGACUAUUGUGGAGGUGAAGACUCUCUCCAGAAAUGGCCAUGUUGGGAAAAGUGUGACAUUCAUUUGCUCAGACUGGAACGUUUGGACUAAUACAGAAAAUAAUGUUAAGUAUCUUUGUCAAAGUCCAUGCUCAAAAGACAAAGACAUCAUCAUCAAAGCAGCAUUUGGAAAGACUGAACGUAAGGACAGAAUAUACUUAACUAACACACGACAAGGUUUAAAUGUGACCUUCACUAAUCUUCAAAUGUCAGACUCCAAAAAAUAUAUUUGUGGAUUGGAGAGAUUUGGCUCUGAUUCAUAUAUAGAUAUGCAUCUUCAAGUUAUAGAUGAUCCCACAACAACUGCUAAAAGUACCACUGUUGGGUCUACGGUGCCACUGUCUGUUCUGAGCAACUUCAUUAUGUCUUCAAGCACCUCGGAUAUUAUUACUGACAUGUUUACGUCGUACACCACCCUUCAUACAACAACAGCUACUGGAUCAACAACAGCAGGAGCCGGAAGUGUACCAUAUUUAAUUAUAGGUUCCACUGUUAUAAUAACCAUACUGAUGGUCCUAAUGAAGCUUAUGAGGAAGAUGAUGAAGAAACAACAGACGUCAAGUUCUGAUGGUCAACAAGAGGACACACAAGGGGAAGCUGGAUAUGAUGAAGUCAGAAUUGAAGACCACCAACCUGAGAGCCCACCUUUAGCUGCCUAUGCUCUCCACGUCUUUACUGACACUGAUCCAGACAAUCUCUAUGCUAAUUGUUACUACCACCAAGACACUGAAUUAGCAGCUGAGAGUGCCAAGCAUUCAAAAAACGUUUCUUUAAAUUCAGCAUCCAAGUCUGAGGUCAAUCCAAGAAGGGCAUGUGCAGAUAACGGAGUCACAGAUCCCCGGAGUGACUUGGUGUACUCUGUUGCUCAACUACCCAAACAGCAAACCGAACCCACUGGGAAAUAUGAACCAAAUCAAUCUGAAAGUAAUGACGGUGAAUCUCUCUAUUUCCUAGCUCAGCCACCACAGGUAAGCUGAAGGUGGCUACUGUGAUCAAAAUGGAUAAAAAGGCACUUUCUUCUAUCAUAUAUAAUUUUUUAAACGUAAAUGUAGUGAUAUAAUGUUUGUAAUGUAAUGUUUUAGCUGUUCUGUGAUUUUGCAUGGUUCUGUGAAUGAGGAACAAGUGUUGUAACCAUCGAACAGUCCUUUGAAGUGGUGAGGACUGUCCCAAAUGUCCUCAUAAUACACGUCUUCACCAUAGUUUUAAUUUUAGUUUUUCAUCUUAGUUUUAAAACUUAGAGUAGUUUUCACAAAGUUAGCCAUGCAACCCCACACACAAAACAAUAAACAAAGCAGAAAGGAAAGAUAAGAGAAAUAAGAUAAGAAUUUAUUGAUCCCACAGCGGGGAAAUUUACUUGUUAGGUGGCUCACAAGAAAAACAGUAAAAAAGGAUAAAGUGCAGAAAAAGAAGAAGAGUGUAUGGAAUAUAAAUACAAAAAAAAUGUGCAAAAAAAAAAAGAAAAAAAGAGGAAGCUUAAUAGCAUGUAGGUCAACAGGAAAUCGAUGCAGCUGAAUGCAAUGUCACUGCCAUGACUCACUUCUCCGAAACCCCCACAUUAAGUCCACUGAUCAAAAGGACCAGAUAGGCUGUUACAUAGAAUAUGUUCUGAGGUAACCCAUAGAAGCGUCACAUGAAACAGUGCCACUAUGGCAGACGUACUGGAUGUUCAUUGACAUGGUUACUGCACAGUCACAGUUUUGUUAAGUUUUGUUUAGGCACAAAAACAACUUGGUUGGGUUUAAGGGGAAGAGCUCCAAAUGCCAAUCAAGUACUAUUCAAAUGUGAAGUACUUUCAGCCCACUUCAGUUUCUCUUUUUGAAACCAAUAAUCCUCAGAUGUACUGUAAUGUAAAGGGUUUUUUUGUGUGCGUGCGUGCAUGCUUGCGUGCAUGUGUGCAUGUGUUUCUUUCUUUUUCAAGUUUUACUACAUUAGCUGGUCGUUUUUUUAAAUUGGUGUCUUUUUAUUUCACUAUUCAUUACAUUCUGACUCAGUAGAGUACAAUAAUUUUGAAAGCGUAAUAGUUUUUUAGUUUAGAAAUUGUUUUGUGAAACGCUUUGAUUCGCAUCUCUGUAUGAAGUUUGCAGUACAAAUAACGUUAUUGAAUAAGCUGUUCAGAGAAUUGUGAGGUUUGGUUUUUGUACUUGAUGAAAAUUUGAUUUGACUUGCACAUUUAAUAAAUCUGAGAGUUAAUUGUCAA